ACAAAGAAGCAUCAUCAGGCUCUCUUCCGACUGCCGUCAUGUCUAAGUCAGAGUCUCCCAAGGAGCCCGAACAACUACGGAAGCUCUUCAUCGGAGGGCUGAGUUUUGAAACAACUGAUGAGAGUCUGAGGAGCCACUAUGAGCAAUGGGGACCACUCACAGACCGCAUGGUAAUGAGAGACCCGAACACCAAGCGUUCCAGGGGUUUUGGGUUUGUCACUUAUGCCACUGUGGAGGAGGUGGAUGCAGCCAUAAAUGCAAGGCCACACAAAGUGGACGGAAGAGUUGUGGAACCAAAGAGAGCUGUCUCAAGAGAAGAUUCUCAAAGACCAGGUGCCCACUUAACGGUGAAGAAGAUCUUUGUUGGUGUCAUUAAAGAAAAUACUGAAGAACAUCACCUACGAGAUUAUUUUGAAAAAUAUGGGAAAAUCAAAGUGAAUGAAAUUAUGACUGACCGAGGCAGUGGAAAAAAGAGAGGCUUUGCUUUUGUAACCUUUGAUGACCAUGACUCUGUGGAUAAGAUUGUCAUUCAAAAAUACCACACUGUGAACGGCCACAACUGUGAAGUGAGGAAAGCCCUGUCCAAGCAGAUGGCUAGUGCUUCUUCCAACCAAAGAGGUCGAAGUAGUUCUGGAAACUUUGGUGGUGGUCGUGGAGGAGGUUUUGGUGGCAAUGACAGUUUUGGUCGCAGAGGAAACUUCAGUGAUCGAGGUGGCUUUGGUGGCAGCCAUGGUGGGGGUGGAUAUGGUGGCAGUGGAGAUGGCUACAAUGGAUUUGGUAAUGAUGGAAGCAAUUAUGGAGGUGGAAGCUAUAAUGAAUUUGGCAAUUACAACAGUCAGUCUUCAAAUUUUGGACCCAUGAAGGGAGGAAACUUUGGAGGCAGAAGCUCUGGGCCCUCCGGUGGUGGAGGCCAAUAUUUUACCAAACCACGAAAUCAAGGUGGCUAUGGUGGCUCCAGCAGCAGCAGUAGCUGUGACAGUGGCAGAAGGUUUUAAACACUUCCAGGAAACAAAGCUUAGCAGGAGAGGAGAGCCAGAGAAGUGAAGGGAAGCUACAGGUUACAACAGAUUUGUGAACUCAGCCAAGCACAGUGGUGGCAGGGCCUCGCUGCUACAAAGAAAACAUAUUUUAGACAAUACUCAUGUGUAUGGGCAAAAAACUCGAGGAUUGUAUUUGUGACUAAUUGUAUAACAGGUUAUUUUAGUUUCUGUUCUGUGGAAAGUGUAAAGCAUUCCAACAAAGGGUUUUAAUGUAGACCUUUUUUUGCACCCAUGCUGUUGAUUGCUAAAUGUAAUAGUCUGAUCAUGAUGCUGAAUAAAUGUGUCUUUUUUUAAAUGUGCUGUGUAAAGUUAGUCUACUCUGAAGCCAUCUUGGUUAACAUCCCCAACAGUGUGAAGUAGAAUUCCUUCAGGGUGAUGCCAGGUUCCAUUUAAAAUUUCUUUACAAUUGCUUGGUUAAAGAAGUCAUUGUCUUCAGAAACCUUGGUGUAGCUGAACUGACAGUUACUGUUGUGACCUCUGAAUUUGACCACUGAAAAGGUCACCCAAGCAAACAGUCAGCUACUUGGUUAAAAAAAUGAUUGUUGGCACAUCCUAUAUAUCUAAAUUUAAUAAUGGUACCAGAUACAAUGAUAGAUGGGAUUGAAGCUGUGUAUCAUCCAUUAUCAUGUGUAAUCAAUAAACGAUUUAAUUCUCU